GCUCUUGAAUUGCGUCAGAAAAAGCAGACAUAAGAGCGGACACAGAACGGAAGAAGGAGAAAAAAAUGGCAUCAGUGGAAAACAGCAAAUCCCCUGUGCCUUCACAGGACCCGUCACAGGAUGACACCACCUCAUACAAACUCCUGUUAAAAGGAGACACUGUCCUGAUUGGCGUAAAACAGCUUUGUCCAAUUGUGAAGAGACACUUUGACAAGAUCUCUUCCGUGCAAUGGGCACUGCUGAAGGCAGGACACAUUGAUGGACAAACUUUAAUCACUCUUGCUGACUUGAUCACAGAAAUCAUACAAACGUCAGCAACGGAUGUAUUAAAGAUCCUGGAACCAAUGCUCACAGAAAGAGCAUCGGCUCGUCAACGACUCCCAUCUAUAAAAACUGUGAUGGGAAACGCUCUUUCCAAAACCAUCGCUUUUGCCCUUGGAACUAAAAAAAAAAUAUGUAAAAACACCAAGGAGCUGACAAAGAUGAUCGAGGAGGAAAUUGAACAAAAGGUGCAAAAGGCCAUUAAGAUGACAUUGAAAAUGUCCAAAAAUGCACAUCUUAGUAUCAAUGGAUGUGUGUCAAACCUCAAGCGUCUUAGCUUGAUGGUUAAAAACACAGGCCACCUUUUGCAAGACUUCCUGCAGAAGUUAAGGAUCACAAAAGCGUGGAAAUACCAAAGCUCAACUGAUUCAGAUUUCACUGAUGAAUCAGUUUAUACAUCUGCAACCUACUCUAAAGAAAUUGACAUCGAUUUCAAAGAGGCUGUGGAUCAUGUGAUUCAUAUUCUUAGAGAUUGGACAAACUGUUCAAAAGCGGAAUGUGAAGACACAGCAAUUGAAAUUACCAGCACCCUAAUGACGGAUAUGCUGAAAGAGUCCAAGAGCUCGGACAUGGUUCAUCCUACAGUCAGUGUAGUGAUGGACCUUGUUAAAAACUUCCUCGUCUCAUACUCGCGCUUAAAUAAUCCAAGGGAACAUUUCAAAGAAUUUGCAAAGAACCUAUUUGGCCAGAUAAUUGACGAUCUGAACAAAGAGUUCUUAGACAAAUGUGAAGAGUUUCUUUCGACUAAGGCUUGCGAACCAGCUGUGAGAUUUUCUGGACAAGAACUGGAAUCCGGGGAAUUGGACUGGUACUUCAUCCAAAAUCGUUUGCUCGGCUUGUUUGAUGCGAUCCAUAAAUUAGAGGUAGAAGAUCUUCUGAAUAUGGAAAGCCUCUCGAACAUGGAGGAAAUCAUCCAGCUGUCACAGUUUUUGGACAACACUCUGUUUGAAUACAUGAUGGAGAAUUACAAUGACCUUCUGGAACAGACUGAAGAGUCCCUGUCAGAGGCAUCAAAAAUUCUCCGCUCCAACACAAGAAGUGCUGUAAAAAAAUUCAUCCAUGAGUUGUUGCUGUGUAUAGCAGAAGAGCUAAAAGGGGACUUGUCUUUCACAGAUCUAGUCAAUGAAAUUCUCACAAAGAUUGAGGACUUCUUUUAUGAUCUGUUAAGGGAAGCCAAUAAAGCUGAGAUGGAAGACUCUUCUGAAGUGUCAAGUGAUGAAAUAUAUCCCUCAUAUGAUGAUGAAGGUUAUACAAUCAGACACGAGUAUACUGAUGAGGACUACGAGGACCUCACGGAUUUGGAAAGUGUAGAAAGCACAGAGGACUUGUAUCCAUCAACCACAGAAAAUGCAGAACCUGACUUUUCUGAAUCACUCAAAUCAUCACCAAAAGGUGGAAUUUGGAAUGAUACUGUGAUAACAGGUUUUUUGAUAAUGAUUCUAUCGAGCCACCUUAAACAAAAAAAGAAGUCUAAGGAGGCCGCUGAAAUCAAGACCUUAAUCAAGUGUCUUUCAGACAAAGUGGAGCCUUCAAGAAUGUCUUUCAUCUUCAAAAGCAGUGUAGUGCCUGAUAAUUUGGAAAACAUAAAAAUCGAACUGAUGAUAAAACUUCAGAAAAAGUUUGGCACCACAGAAAAGCUAAUCAAAGCAGCGGCAACAGCACCUGGCUCAAUUGUUGAAGUAGCUAUGGAGUGUGUGAAGUGUGUGAAGGAGAAAACGGCGAUAGACCAGGAACAGCACAAGAAAUGCUGUUUCAGACUAGGACGUUCCCGAUUUGCAAAUUUCAUGCACAAUUUAUUUUGCCCAUGUGGCAACUAGAUUCUGUCUUAGAGACUUGUAGGCUGAUUAGGUAAAACUAAAAAAGUAGUUUUAGUCCACAAAAAAACAACUUACA